AUUUUUUUGGUUAAACUCAAACCAUCGGAACUAAAUGGAAGUUGUGAUUGGAGGUUCGGAAGCAGACAUUAGGCUUCAUAAUUUCAUCCCCAGAUCGCUCUCUGAUGCUCUAUCUGGUGCCCUUACCUGUAUCUUCACCUUUUUUGGAGCGUUGGCGGGUGCUAUCACGGGUGCUGUGGCAGGUAGAACUUCUGAUUGUGGGGCCUUCCGUGGAGCUGGACUCGGUGCUCUUGCUGGGGCUGUUCUUUCUAUGGAGAUUUUGGAGACUUUAUGUGUUUUUUCGCGUCAAGGACUUGCUGGCAUACCGAACUCCUCAAGGGUGAAUUUUAUGGAGGAGCUUCUUCGUGGAAGGUUAUCAGAGCUACAUUUUCUACCUGAAGUCUUAACAACAAAUCACUUACAGCAGGUAAGUGUGCGUCUUGUUGAAGUAGCUUACAAAGGGUUGUCAGAGGAUUCAUUAAGAUGCUUGCCAUGGCACCGGAUGUCAGAUGAAAUUAAACCGAUUCAAGCCAUCUGUUGCCCAAUAUGUUUGGAGGUGAAAUUGCUCGUAGUUUGCCUCACUGUCAACACAUGUUUCACCUGA